AUGGGCACUGGCUCCGCGUGGGCGGACGUUGCCAUUGGUGUGGGGAAGCAGGACACUUUCGUGGGGCCCCCGAGAGGCAGCGGCGUCUCCGCGCGCCCAUCCGGCUUCGGAGUCUGCGACGCGACCCUCGCGACAGACGAGUUGGAGCCCGAGGGCGCCCACAGCGAGCGUUGGAGGUUUCGUUUGGAGUACGACAGAGAGGAGGGUCCUAGGGCUGACGCCUUGCGAGCCGCCGACCCCUUCAAUGACCCGGCCCCGGUGAAGCCGCAUGGUAAGCCUGCCCGGUGGAUGUGGGGUGCUCAGGAGGUCUUCCCCGACGUCUCUCAGCGGGUGCUGUUUAGGGGGCGGUGGAAAUCGGUUGUUGCUGCCCCGUGGGAGCGUAGGGAAGUGAUUCACAUCGUUCGGUCCGUCCAGGUCCGAGCGCGGGCCGCCCGCAAGCAGGCCCUCUCGGGCAGCGGGGGGAACGCGGGCCGCUGGACUUACGUGGAUCGCGGCCGCUGGAUCCGAGAGGCGCCUCCCGGCGCCGACGCCGCCGACCGAAAGGCCGGCGCCGAGCGACGCAGGGUGAUUUUCGUUUCGUUCAUGGCGUUUGCCAAGCAGGAGUGCCUGGCCGCGACGACCUCCACCGGCGUGAUCCUGGCCGCAGUGGGCUGCGUCGUCUUUCGGUUCCUGGAGGGGCCGCUGCGAGGCUUCCGCGGGGCGGCGCCGACGGUCAGCCGCCGUUCCCUUCCCUGGCAGGGGUGCGCAGCACUGGCGGCGGCCAUGCGCUGGCGGGGCAACGCGCAGGCGGCAACCGUGCUGGCGCCCUCCCUCGACGCGGACAUCGCGGGCGGCGCCGAGGCAAUGUCAUCGCAAUCCUUGGCAGUGGAUGCCGAGCGCGCGCGUGAAAUUCAUUGCGAGGUCGUCGGCGAGCGCGAGGACGCCGGCAUCCGCGCCUUCCUGGCGUCUGGCAACCAGCGCGACGUCCGCGAAGCGCUAUUCAGGCAGCUUUCGCGGGCCCGCGGCCGCUCGCUGGCGGCAUUCCAGGCGGGCGAUCGGAUCGCUGAGAAGUUUUCGCGCGGCCGCCAUGCCUCCGCGAUAGAUGCCUGCAUCAUCGCGCGCCGCGGCGCGGUGCCCUUCCGCGCGCCAUGUUGCAGUAGCUCCCUGCCGCCGCGGCCCCGCCCGCAAUUUUUGCGGCCCGGCGCGGCCGUCGCGCCGCGGGCCGCGGGCGGGAAAGACGGGCGCGGCCUCGAAUGCCUCGAUUUAGACGCGCUGCCCGAGAGGCGGUCCCUCGUAAUCGACCCCGAGCAGUUUAACUGGACCCUGGGCAAGAAGGGAUCCACCAUCCAGGCCGUGCGGGACAGCUGCAACCUCGUGUACGCGUCCCUGUACCGGGACAGCUCGAGCCUGCGGUUCUGCGGGACGCGGCAGGCCGUGCAGGACGCGGGGGCCACUGUUCGAGACGCAUCUCAUGUAUUACCCUGUCAUCAAGCAGAUGGACGAAGAGAUGGAUAG